CAUGAUAUCAAUCGUAGCAGAGCAUUGGUAAAAAUAUUAGAAAAUUUAAGUUUAUCAUCAACGAAAUGGUAGGUCAUUUAAAGUACACAAGAUGCAGCAUUAUAGUAAUCAAAGUGUUUUCACAAAUGAUGCAAGAAAUAAUAGGGAAAUCAGAUGUUCAUCCAGAUCAAAUAUACCAAAUUAUAAUGAGAGCAAAAAAGUUUAAAGAGAGAUUAAAACAUUCAGAGAUGACAACGAUACAAACUCUUCAGACGGACGGAUUUUCAAAUCUAGAUGCAAGUCUGGUAUAUAAGAUCGGAAAAUUCUUUAACUUCAUUCCACCACCGACACGUCAAUGGGGCGCUUCUCCCCUACCGAAUGACAUAGAAAUUGGGGAUGAUAUCGAACGCAUCAGAAAUGCCAGAAAUGAAAUGGUUCACAGAAAGGACUGUGAAAUGUCUGAUGAUGAAAUGUCGUUUUUUUUCACUGAGUUUAUUGCAGUCGGAGAGCGCAUUGAUGUCUAUCUAAAUAAAGAAAGUGGUAUUGGAUUCAAAGACAGUAUAAAAUUGUAUCAAACUUGCCCUCUUGAUGAAAAAAUGGAAGAAAAUGCAAAAGCGCUACAAGGAAUCGAAUCACUGAAUGAACAGUUUCAAGUCUCAGUUGAUGGGAAAGUUAUCCGCGUUUUCUAUGGAAAUUCAAUGAAGGAGUUGAUUGAAGGAUGUCGACAGGAGGAUGCAUCAUCCAGUUCUGCCGUGAUAUUUGUUGUGAAAGGUGUUGAGGAUUCAGAAAAUAAAGCAGAACUUCUGAACUCAUUAAGCGAUCAGAUAAACAGUGGUUCUGUAGCCAUUCAAUUAAAAGAAGCAAGGAAAGGUAGCAUCAUACUGUACACAGAUAUUAAGGAUUCUGUUUUACAGAAUGGUAGGAGUUUUGCUCAUGAAUUAUCGACAUUUAUGGAGCUAGUUUUUACCACAGUAGAAUUGAAGUUAACAACUGACGAAACAUGUAGUGUCAUCAUCAUACCAAAUGAAGACGAUGAACAGACUUCGGCAGAUGUGGAAUUUUGUGACAAUAUUGAGAACACAGAUCUUGUAUUGGAACUAAAUGUAUCGAAAGAAGUUUUUAGUACAGAUGAGUCAUUUCAGCAGCAUGUUGAUUGUUUCAUUCAAAAGGUUUCACAAAUGACGAAUGAAAAGGAAGCUCUGAUAAGAUCAGAUAGGAUAGCAGAAAUGUAUCCGGUUCAUGGUCGAGACUUGAAAGAAGAUGUACCUGAUAAUGAAAAUUCGUCUGAUCAAGACAACGACGACGAAAAGCGAAACCAAGAAAGUGGUGAAAACAAAUCUCAGUAUCAGAUCCCUGAAGAACAUAUAACAGGUAGGUCUAGUUAUCAAGACAAUAAUGAAAUUAAUGCUGACAAGUCAAAUUUGAAAACACAACACGAAAGUACAGAUAACAAAAGUUCCUACGAGUCGACUGAGACAGAGCGUAUAACAGUUAAACAGGAAGACCCUUCUCAGCCUAAUCAAGUUUCAAACAGAGGGUUGACUCUGAAGUCUGAUACAAAGGUAUGUAAUGACGCUUGCAACUUUGUAGAAAUGGUUCAAGCUCCGAGUUCAGAGAUAGACCUACCUGACAUAGUUGACGAGAUUAAUGAAGACAUCUUGAAAAAAAAGAAAAGAAAAGAAAUCACAGAUGAAGAUGGCAAUGACAGACCAGAAAUAACUUACAAUUCAGAUAAGGUUGAAAAGCAGAUAGUUAAGUUAUGUUUAUCAAACGUAGAAAACGAGAUUACAGGCAAAGGUAUAGCAAAUAAAAAUAGUGUAUUAGAAGGGUUUAUAAAAAAUCUUGGGUUAGAAAACUAUUUUCCUGAUAAGAUCAAUUUAAUUGACGUUAUGGUUGUACAAAAUCCUGUUAAGACUGUUAGUUACACUGAUGUACCAUGGAUAAUUUUAAGAAGUCUUGUUAUGGGUAAUUUCAAUUCUCGAGAUAAAAUGGUUCAGGAAUUGCUAGAAAAAUCAGAAGAAACAAAACCAACAACAAAACCGACGGUUUCUGGAGAAUAUGAUAAUAUUUUUGAAAGUUUGCUUGAUGAAGAUGAAAAUACUAUGUCCUUAAAUCCUAUGGAUCUUUUGGUUAUUCUGUUUUAUUGUAGUUCUCCUAUCUUUAAACAGAUUCUUGCACAGAAGCUAUUUUUAUGCAAAUUAGCAGUUCCAAUUUGCUUUCCAUCAUUAACUCCUGAUAAAAUUUCAUUUUCAACAUGGAUGUUGCAGACCAUUAUCAUAGAUUGCAAAACAGAAACAAAAGGUUCACAGCAAUCAGAUAUUACAAAUUGCCCUUGCCAUACAGUUGGUUUUCUGCGUUUAGGUAAAAUUUCUGUGUCUAAAUCCAAAGUGAUUAAUGAUGUUCUGACGGAUCAAUACCACAAUACAUUUUUCAACAAAGACUGCCCUUUGGGGACAUCUGCAAGAAGCAUAAGUGACGGCACGAUCGAAGGUGCAUGGAUCCUACCAUCAGAUCAAUCGGAAUUUUCAAGUGAUGUAGUCAUGUGUUUGAAUUUGCGGGGUGAUGGACUGACAAACGAAAGUCAAACUAAACGUUUAAAAUUGGUUUCGUCAAUAGUGGUUGUUAUGAUAGAUGUAACAUUGUUACAAGAAGAAACGCAAAGAAAUGUUUUAUUAGAUUUGCACAAAUCAGUUAAAGGUGUUGUCAUAGCUAUUGAUGCAAAUUCAGUUGACAAGAACCUUCUUAGAAAUAUCUACAAGGAGUAUUCAAGUCGCAUCGAGCAUUUUAUGAAACAGACGGAAUUUUGCAUAUUGUCGAGAGAGGGUAAAGCAACAAGUGUUUCUGAUAUCAAAAAGUCAAUUCGACGGUCUAUAACAAAAUUGACAACAAAUGUAGAACCUACUACUUUAUCACAUCGGCUUGAUAAUAAAGGAUACACACAUUCUGAAGUUGACAGUAAAUUUAAAGAAUGUAGGGAGAAAGCAGAAUACAUUCUUCGCUAUAUGGACACUAGGCAUUCCAAUAUCAAAGACGUUGUCCCUCUUCAAGGUGAAACUUGGAGGACUUGGACAAAAUACUGUAAAACCUUGAAUAAGUCUAGGCAGUAUACAUCGAUUCAAGAAGCAGACACAAUUAAGCAAAAAAUGAGAGAAGUAAGAAAUAAACAAAUGCAUAUUUGCAAAAAUUUAGGUCCAUUUAUGAAAUCAUUCAUUGAUAUAACUGUUAAAUAUUUGGAUCAAGAUCUUCUUUUUAGUUUUUUUAUUUGGUGGCUAAAAUUACUAUUGGAUGAUAGAUCAAGAUUUGUUCUUCCAAAAUAUCUAGCAGAAUACCAGCAGGAUUGGCAGGCACUACGAUCAGUCAAAAAUCAAAAACAACAAGACGUUAUGGAAAAUUUAAGAAAGAAACUCAACAAAAGUGAAUUUGAACUAGCUGAGGCUUCUUUUGGAUUAGAACAUUUGGUUCGAGAAAUUGGACAAAUGUAUGAAACAAUGAAUGAGCGUAAAUUGGAAUCUCCGUGUAAUUUGCAUCUUGAGACCAAUCUUGCGAAAAUUGGUGCAAAAAUGCUUUUAAGCGGUCAACCAUUUGAAUUAAUGGAUGGAGAUGCGGCUAAUGUACCUGUAAUAUGGGUCAAAGCAGUACUAACUGAGUUAAAAGAUAUGAUUGGAGACAAGAAUUUAUUGGCAUUAUCUGUCCUUGGUGUUCAAAGUUCUGGGAAGUCAACAUUACUAAAUACCAUGUUCGGUUUGCAGUUCGUUGUAAGCGCAGGUCGAUGCACACGUGGUGUCUUUAUGCAGCUUGUCAAAGUAGAAAAGGAUAGUGUUCCGGUCGACUUCAUUGUCGUUAUUGAUACUGAAGGAUUAAGAGCUCCAGAACUAGCUGAUCAAAAAUACAGUCACGACAAUGAAUUAGCAACCUUUGUUAUUGGUUUAGGGGACAUCACCAUAAUCAAUAUCAAGGGUGAAAAUACUGCAGAAGUCAAAGAUGUUCUCCAAAUAGCUGUUCAUGCCUUCUUGAGACUUAAGCUUGCAAACAGCAGAUUAAAUCUGAAACAAAGUUGUAUUUUUGUUCAUCAAAACGUACCUGCUUCUGAUGCUAAUGAUAAAAUGAUGCAAGGAAGGCAAAAAUUUCUGGAAACACUGGAUAAAAUGACACAGGAAGCUGCUGAUCAAGAAAAUAUAGGUGAUAUUCACUCUUUCAGUCAAGUUAUAGAUUUUGACUGUAAUAAAGACGUUUGGUACCUGUCAGACUUAUGGAAUGGUGAUCCUCCAAUGGCACCCAUAAACCCAGGGUACUGCAGACGGGUCGAGGAAGUCGGAUGUACCAUAUUAUACGAAAUAGCUUCAGUCCGAGAAACAUAUCUUACAAUUACUGAUACCAUUGCACGGAUUGAAGAUUUGUGGAAAGGAAUAUUCAAAGACGAUUUCGUAUUUAGUUUCAGAAAUAGCUUAGAGCUGAAGGCAUAUAACAAUAUGGAACAGAAAUAUCAAGAAUUGUCCUGGAAAUUGGAAAAAUUUGUUUCAGAGUUUGUUCUUUCAGAAGCAAAAGGCCAACUUAUGUAUUGUUCGAAUGAUGAAGAUUUGGCAAAUUCCAUACCAAGGAUUUUAAAACUAUGUUCGAAUAACGUUUGCAAGCAGGUUGGUGUUUUGAACCAUGAACUGGAUAUUUUUGUUGACUCAAGUUCCCUGAAGGAUAUAAUGAUUCAGUGGAAACAAAGCAAACAGAACAGACUGAGGAUGAUGUCCGAAGUUUUAAUUGACAGAUCAAAAUUAGGUAUUUUGAAAAACAAAGGACGAGAUUUGGAUUGA